ACUUAUGUGUGAUGGUUGGUCAGGACCAACUAGAAAACACAUUAUAAACUUUUUAGUUUAUUGCGAUAGAGGCACCGUGUUUCAUAAAUCAGUUGAUGCCUCUGAUGUGCCAAGCAGAACAGCUGAAUAUUAUUUCAGAUUAAUGGAUGAGGUGGUUGAAGAAAUUGGAGAGGAGAAUGUUGUCCAAGUAGUGACUGAUAAUGAAGCUGCAAUGAAGGCAGGAGGAAAAUUAUUAAUGCAGAAGAGGCCCAAUCUCUAUUGGACAGCAUGUGCAGCUCAUUGCAUAGACCUUAUUCUUGAAGAUAUUGGUAAGAAAAGUAACGUGAAGAAGGUCUUAGAAGAUGCAAGAACAAUAACCUCAUUUAUUUACAACCACACAUGGACAGUGAAUUUCAUGAAGAAAUUCACAAAUAAUAGAGAGUUACUUCGCCCUGCCAUCACUCGAUUUGCCACAAAUUUCAUUGCUUUGGAGACUAUUGUCAGGCAUAAACAAGCACUAAGGGAAAUGUUUACAUCUGAUGCUUGGAAAAACUCAAGGUUUGGAAUGGCAAAAUCAGGCCCAGCAUAUGAUUCGAAGAAAAUUAUCUUAGGCAAAGAGUUUUGGCAAAAGGCCUCUGAUAUAAUUAAAGUGCAAGAACCCUUGGUGAAAGUUCUUAAAUUGGUUGAUGGUGAUGAAAAACCAACCAUGGGCUUCAUAUACGAGGCAAUUGAUAGGGCGAAGUUGGCCAUUCAAAAAGAUUGCCGGUUUUACAAAGACUAUUGGAAAAUUAUUGACAACAGGUAGAGUUUUCAGUUGCACCAAGAUUUGCACGCUGCUGGUAAGUGUAAAUCAAAUACAAUUUCUUAUUAUUUUAACUUUUAAAUUAUGCAUGGUUGCAUUAGAAAACUAUUGAUUAAUAUGUUUCUAAAUUUAAUUGUAGGGUAUUUUUUGAACCCACAAUUUCUUUAUGGUGCCCCACCCUCUCCUGAAGUUGCUAGAGAAGUCAUGGAUGGAGUUAAAAAAGUGAUAACCAAGUUGGUACCCGAUAUAGAUACUCAAAUUCGGGCUAUUAAUCAAUUGUUGCUAUAUCGAGAUAGGCAAGAGACUUUUGGAACCCCGUUGGCUCAAAGGGCAGUAAAACAAACAAAUCCUGGUAAAUAUGGCUAUAUAGCUAAAUAAUAGAGAAUUACUCUAUUUUCUCUCUUUGUGUUCAAAUUUGACUUUUGAAAUACGCUAUACUAACAUAAAACUCUUUUUAAUUAUUCAUGCAGCUGAAUGGUGGAUUCAUUAUGGCUUGUGUGCUCCUGAGCUCCAAAGAAUAGCAAUUAGAGUUCUUAGCCAGACCACAUCAGCUUCGAACUGUGAGCGUAA